AUGAAGAAGGAAUACGUUCUACUAGCUAUGGGCCUGGCUGCCCUGGUGACCGCUCAGCCACGUUACGACCGUCGUGGAGAUUUCUGGCCUCCGUCUCCCCCUAUAUCAACUCCAUGUGAUACUCCUACUAUCUCUCAACCACUGCCUCCCCCAGUGUCAACACCAUGUGAGACUGCUACGCCGACUGUAGUAACUCCUCCUCCACCCCCAGAAAUAACACCAUGCGAGACUAAUAUCUCCACUUCCGUCGCUCCUCCGCAAUCAACAACACCAUGUGAAACCGCUACCCCGACGGUCGUUACUACACCCCCUCCAGAAUCAACACCAUGCACUACCAUCACUUCAACCCCACCGCCAGUGUCAAAUCCAGAGACCACUGUCACUUUAACCUCGCCAUGCGAAACCAGUACACCUCCAGAGACAACUACCUUACCUCCAACUACACUUCCCGUCGUCACAUCCAGUCCGCCCGUGAUAAUUAUCAGCACUUCGACUAUCACUGAAACUGCCCCUUGCACAACCUCCACAGCUUCACCUUCUCCUCCGUCUCCUCCGCCACCAGUGGUAUCUACGAGUGCUAUCAUCGUUGUCCCUCCUCCUAACUCGACCACCACUACACCCAGCCCCCCUCAACAGGUCACCUCCACGCAAUCUAAUCCCGCACCCCCUGUCUCUUUUUCCUCUGUCCCCAUCAUUCCAUCAGCUCCUUUGACCACUAUACCAGGGACCACCCCGGCAGCUACAAUCCAGACUAGCCCUCCGGUCUUUACCGGAGCAGCCUCGAUUGUUUCUACAAUAUCAGCGAGUUCUAUAGUGGCUGUCUUGGUGGCACUUCUUGCCGCGUUCUAG